AUCCGUUUAGGAUAACCAUCACAUACAGAUAAUUUUUUACCUUAUAUAAUCUAUUUAAAAUUAAACACCACGUGCGGAUAAGUUUUUACGGGCCUUAGCCUUGUCGGUGACGCUAGCUAUAAAAACCAAAACUGAAUGGCAUAACAAUUCACACAACACAACACAACACAAUAGAGUGACAGUGACUUUGAACUGUCUUUUUCAUAAUUUUGACAAUGGCCUCCAUGAAACAAUACGACUUUAGCAAAACUGCUGGCAAACCUAUUCGUUGCAGAGCCGCGGUGUCAAGAAAACCUGGAGAACCACUGGUGAUAGAAGAAGUGAUUGUGGCUCCGCCUAAAGCACAUGAAGUUCGACUCAAAAUCAUUUGUACUUCUCUUUGUUAUAGUGACAUUACCUUCUGGAGGAUGAAAGAAUUUCCUGGCUGCUUUCCAAGAAUUUUGGGCCAUGAAGCUUUCGGGGUUGUGGAGAGUGUUGGAGAAGGUGUUGAGGAGUUGAAGGAAGGAGAUUCAGUCAUACCGAUAUUUUUGCCUGAUUGUAUGGACUGUGUAGACUGUAAAUCCAAGAAAAGCAACCUUUGUUCCAAAUUCCCAUUUCAAAUCACGCCGCUGAUGCAUAGAGAUGACACAAGCAGAUUCACUACUGUUGAAGGAGAAACUUUGCACCAUUUCCUCUAUGUAUCAAGUUUUUCCGAGUACACAGUCGUUGAUGUUGUUAAUGUCACAAAGAUUGAUCCUGAAAUCCCACCUAAUAAGGCAUGCCUUUUCAGCUGUGGAGUAUCAACAGGAGUAGGUGCUGCCUGGAAAACAGCAGAUGUGGAACCAGGUUCGACAGUAGUGAUCUUCGGUUUAGGAUCAAUUGGAUUUGCAGUUGCAGAAGGAGCAAGGCUAUGUGGUGCUACCAGAAUUAUUGGCGUUGAUAUAAACUCUGACAAGUUUGAAAUAGGGAAGCAGUUUGGAAUUACUGAAUUUGUCAAUUCCAAAAACUGUGGGGAUAAACCUGUUAGUCAGGUUAUAAUUGAGAUGACUAAUGGAGGUGCUGACUAUUGCUUUGAAUGUGUUGGUAUGGCAAAACUGGUGCAAGAAGCAUUUGCCUGCUGCAGAAAGGGUUGGGGUAAAACGAUUGUUUUAGGAGUUGAUAAGCAGCCGGAGGCACAGGUCUGUCUCAACUCUUACGAUGUUCUUUUGGGUCAAAAAACUCUCACGGCUUCACUCUUUGGGGGUCUCAAACCCAAAACUGAUGUUCCUAUCCUCGCUAAGCGUUACCUUAACAAGGAAUUGCAGUUGGACAAGUUUGUCACACAUGAAGUGAAUUUUGAAGAUAUCAAUAAGGCGUUUGAGUUGCUCAUUCAAGGAAAGAGCCUACGCUGUGUUAUUUGGAUGGACAAGUGAUUUAUCUUAGUGCAGCUUGUGCAUUGUUUAAGUCAUUGAAUCUCAGCUUUCAAAAACAAUGUUACUUUCAUUACAGUUCAUUUAGUUCAAGUCCUAAGUAUUAUUACAGCAGACAUAUUAUUGUAGAUUUUGUAAAUAUUCUCUCUGAAAUAAUAAGAGCCUCUGCUGCGAGCACAUUAUUAUCUCGA